CUCGCUUCGCUCGGCAGUCGUCUAUAGCUCAGCUUCUUUCCGUCGCCUUGCUCUGUUUAGUCUCACGGGAAGCGGGUUGGAUUUUUACACGGAACGAGCCCUGGAGCUUCUGCCGCGCUCUGGCUUUGUCUUUUUUCGGGGCCGGCCGCCGCUGACGGGAGGAAGGGAGGGACUUGAGCCGGCGCUUUAGGCCGUCGCCCGGCGUUGGAGCCUCGGCGGUUGCUCAGCUUAACUGAAUCCUUCAGCUUUCGAACGGCGGCGCUCCAAGAGCCUUGGCAGGAACGGCGCCGCCACCCUGCUAGGCAGUUGGACGUGGCCGUGCGCUCUCUGCGGAGCGCGAGUUCGGAGAUUGGAAGAUGAACAAUCUUUCAUUUAGUGAACUCUGCUGCCUAUUCUGUUGUCCACCAUGUCCAGGAAAAAUAGCUUCCAAACUGGCAUUUUUGCCCCCAGACCCGACAUAUACACUCAUGUGUGAUGAAAGUGGGAGUCGUUGGACUCUACAUCUUUCUGAUCGAGCAGACUGGCAAUAUUCUUCUAGAGAAAAAGAUGCUAUUGAAUGUUUCAUGACUAGAACCAGCAAAGGUAACAGGAUUGCCUGUAUGUUUGUGCGUUGUUCCCCUAACGCCAAGUAUACUUUACUUUUCUCGCAUGGGAAUGCUGUUGAUUUAGGUCAGAUGAGCAGCUUUUACAUAGGACUUGGUUCACGGAUUAAUUGCAACAUAUUUUCCUAUGAUUAUUCUGGAUAUGGAGCAAGUUCUGGAAAACCGACAGAGAAGAACUUGUAUGCUGACAUCGAUGCUGCUUGGGUAGCUCUUAGAACAAGAUAUGGAAUCCGCCCUGAAAAUGUGAUUAUAUAUGGCCAAAGCAUAGGAACUGUGCCAUCUGUUGAUCUUGCUGCUCGUUAUGAAAGUGCUGCUGUAAUUCUUCAUUCUCCUCUGACCUCAGGAAUGCGAGUAGCUUUUCCUGAUAUUAAGAAGACAUACUGCUUUGAUGCAUUCCCAAAUAUUGACAAGAUAUCUAAAAUAACUUCUCCAGUGUUAAUAAUCCAUGGGACUGAAGAUGAAGUGAUUGACUUUUCACACGGCCUAGCAUUAUUUGAGCGUUGCCAAAGACCUGUGGAACCACUGUGGCUAGAAGGGGCAGGACAUAAUGACGUGGAACUUUACGUACAGUAUCUUGAAAGAUUAAAACAGUUUGUAUCACAGGAACUGGUGAACUUGUAAACUGCUUUGUUUAGUUACUUGUUGUUGAAUUUUGUUGCUGAACUUCAGAUCUUGAUAGCCACAACAUAAAACCUGAUGGUUUUGUUUUCAAAUCAGGUCAGUUGCCUUCAUAAAUGUACAGGUAAAAUGAUUUGUAAACAUAAUUAAUGAAGGUUUUAAUGCCAGUAUUAACUGGAAUAGUAGAUGAUGGGGACAAAACUUGUGUAGUGUAUAUAUUUUGUGCAAGUUUUCUUCUAUACUUAAGUCAAUUUGCAAGUCUUUUUAAGAUGUACAAAAAUCAUAGAAGGAAGUAAAAUUUUAAUUAUGUAAAAUCUGAUGCUGUAAAAGUGUUGCCAAAUGCUUUAGCAUAUCCCAAACAAGUUUAUAUACAAUAUUUUUAAAACAUCUCAAAAUGUACUGCGACCUAUUCUGUUGCACAGGUGUAAUUGAAGCAGUUAUAAAAUACAAAUAGCCAUUAUGUUUGAAGGAAUAUAAAAGAAGAAUGAAGACAACCACUUGAAUUUACAGGCCUUAUAUAGGGAGCAAAUCAAAACAAGUGUUUUAUUACCUUGUCUUUUUCUCAAUGUUUUUUUUUCUUUUCCUGACUGAUUAAUGGCCAAAAAUGCUGUUUUCAAAGCAUUGCUCUAUUAACAAGGCCCAUAGAAAUGCAACAAAAUAUGGAACCGAUAGUUUCCAUGAAAUCAGCAAGUAAUCUAAGGAACUUUCUAUAUGGCUAUUUUAAAAUAAUCAUGUAAAAAAAGAUCUUCCAAAAAAAAUCUAAUAUUGAUUUGAUUUUUUUAUAUUGACAAACAUGCAAAGUUACAGACUAGUUGACACUUGAUUUGAAUGUUUUACAAUGUAGAAUUGUUUCAAUUAUUAUGAAAAGUUUACUAAUGUACUCCUAUAUAGUAAAACAAAUGUUGACAACUCAUCGUAAAAUAAGCUGCCUUUCCCUAGAAUACAUUUUUGCUUGAAUAAAAUUAAACUAUAGCCUAACUUGUAAGCAAAAUAAUAUUCAAAUACACACUGUGCUUCUAAUUUUAAAGCCUUAUGUAGUUAACCUGUUCUGCUUAUUCUUGUGAUUGUCUGAGAAUAUCAUAUAUUGUAUUGUAAAUGCUUAGAUUCUGAUGUGUUUAACUCUUAAGAAAAAUUCUACGAUUCUGAAUUGUUUGUGCAAAACAUAAACUGUUCCUGAUUAAUUCAUUCUCUGUGAUAUAGUGAGAGAGCACAAUUUCUAAUGUGACUAAAACAUCUUGCUAAAAUCCAGUGAUUCCAUUAGACCGAAUUCUUGCCUUCCUGCCAGAGGUUUUACUCCUUAUAUCAUCCACUUCUUUAAGGGAUAUAAGACAUUUGAUUAGUGUAUGCUCCCAUUUUGAGCAAAAUUAUUCUGGCUUCUAAUUAAAGCUCUAAAUUGCUUUUAUGAUUUCAUAAAUGAGGGACUUAAUAUAUUAAAUAUAUAGGGCAAACAAUGAGUUGUCACAGUAGCUAGCAAAUAUUUGUCAGGUAUGGUGUUAGAUCUAGGAAAUGUGACGAUUCAAUCCAUAACAUUUAAAAAUAAUAUUUCAUAGAUUUAAUAUGUUUUGUAUUCUUUCCUUCACUCACUUGUUUAGGGAAAAUAAUCAAAUACUUGCCUUAGCAACCUCCCUGAACUAUUCAUAUCACAUAGCAAUUUGAUCACACAGAGAUUGGGUACAAGAAGAACAGUUAGCAACGAGUUCUUUGCCUGAACUGAGAUGCUGUUUUGCCACUGCAAUUCAAGGGAAAUUUCUUAUUACUAAUAUUUAAAAAUAUAUACCUUUCCCAGUUAGAGUGAUGCACUGGAGAUUGGAUUCAGUCUUAGUUAUUAUUCCAGUAGACCUAAUGACUUCAGUGGGUCUAUUCCAAGAUCAAUAAAAUCUAUAUCUUUUAUAAGUUGAAUGCCUGGAGCUUGAGCAUUGAUCCUAAAAUAGUUUUGAUUUGGAUGAGAUAUUAUAAAAACAAGAGAAAAAUGGUUAAGUUUGUGCAGUUGUGCAAUUAAUUUAACUCGAUUUUGGAUUAAAAUAAUUACAUAUUUUCUCUGAAAUCCUUAAUCAUUCAAAUUAAAAGUUGCUCUAGUAUAGUUCAGUUUAAUUUCAGUAUUUUCAUAUGUCCUUUCUCAAAACAGUAGAAUAGAGAUAUAAGUGACCAUUUACCAGCCAAAGAAGUGGCUUGGGAUUGUUGAAUAUAUGAAUUUCUAUUGUUUUUUGGGGCAGGCAACUUGCCAUAUUACAAUAGAGUGUUUGCAAUUAUAUGGUAGCAAGCUGAUUUAUAUUAUGAUUAUAUUGCCUCACAUUUCAGAUUGUUCUUAUGAAGAAUGUAGGAGAAUUUGCCACUGUGUGUGGUUUGGUUAUUGGGCAGUGAGUUCUCUCCUAGUUGCUAUUACCAACAGUAACUUAUAACUAGCUGCUAUGUCUCACAGUCAACUGUGUACAUCUAGGAGAAGUAUAUGGGUAAAGUUGUGCAUUUAUUUACCAGCAGUAAAGAGGUAAGUACUGCCUCUAGAUGUGGCAACUUAAUAUAAAAGAUGUAAAUACUAUACUUCCACCCAUUUCAUCCAUAUUGAAUAACCAUAUGUUUUACCUUACCAAAACAAAUUAGUGAUGACUUAACUAAUCUGAAUUAUGUAUUUUUGAUGCAUAUUGUCUCUUAUGGCUUGGGAGAAAGAAGAUGCCACCUAAUAGGAUACAGGCAUACUGUAUUGUGUUCCUAAAAACAUAUUUUGUACAGUAAUCUUUAGAAGAAGAGGUAAAGGGAUGGCAAAUUGCCUUUUUUGUCAAGAGAUUUAAGAACUUGGCAUGCGUUUAAGGCAAUACCCUUAGAUCCAUAUCAAAUUUGUUUCUGGUUCUUCACUAUUACUGAUUCUGUCAUGGUAAUUUCUGCAGAACCCUGUGUCAGAUGAAAGCCAUUGAUGAAAAAAAGACUUGCCAUCUUUAUUAUGGAAUUGGUGGUUUAAAAAAAAAACUAUGAAGGGAUAAGAUGAGCUAUACACUAGUAAAUAUUUUCAUGUUUGUGCCGUGUCAAGCUGGGUAACUAUAAUGAUCAUUGAUAGGUUGCUCAGUUGGAUGCUAUAGUUUGCAAGUAAAUGGAUGUACAUUGUCUGGUUUAAUACUGCACACUACCUCAAACUGACCUUGUUACUCUUGGAUAGUUGAGCCUCCACAUUUGGAACUGUGGAUAGAAGAUAAUUAUUGAUAUAUUCAUUAUUCCAGAACAUAAACUAAACAAUGUAAGGAAGCCUUGUAAAUGGGAACCAUUUAGAUUAAAUUAAAUCUUGAAUGUUAAUCUUGACUAA